UGUCCGACCGAGAGUGACGACCCUUACGUUGACAGUGCCCGUCACGGUGACCGUCACUCCUACCGUGGAGUCGUCAGCGUACUCAGUUUCGUCUGUGUAUAGCCCGGUACCCGUUGCUGGAGAACAAGAAGGGAAAGAUGAAGAAGGUCGAAGAUUUAACUUGGCAACUCGUGUCAUGUCGAAUGGAGUUGAAGUGAUUGUGGCAGGACCAACACCGGCUCUACGAUGGGAAAACUCGAUUCCUCAGCCUACGCUGACAUUGUCUGAUGCGGUUGUCAUGAUGCUUCCACAAGAUAAACCGAAUGAAUUUGUCACAAAGACAUGCACAACUACCUUCACGUAUCUUACAACCAUUACGAAGGAUGGAACGACUAUCGUGUCGACGGAGCAACAGGUAAUAGCAAAUACGGCAACUGAAGAACGUCACAGGAAGCCUGGAUCAGAAACUGCAGCGGUAACAUUAGAAGCGUCUCCAACAUUACGCACAGAAGUAUUCAAAACCACUUACACCUAUCUAACACUAAAUACUGAUCAUUCGGACAUAAAUGAUGCUUUGGAAAGCAGUACUAAAGUAAUUACAAAUACGGUUACCGCUCCUCAACAUUAUCUGGACAUGAUUCUCGAGCCAUCGGAAGCGCCACGACCGGAAACAAACACAUAUCUCAGCACCAGGAUGCUGGAAAAGACUUUCAUGGAGGAUGGACGUACUAAAAUAGAAACUACCAGUGAUACUAUUACUCAGCUCAUAGUAACAGAAUCUGCACCACCUCCUCGUCCAACCAGUGUCACGACUACGUUAAUAGCGUUAGAUAGUACGGAGGAAAACAUGACAGACGUCAUGAAGACUUAUUACAUUACCUAUACUUAUUACAAUACCUUCCUAGAGAAAGGGAGCACAGUGGUUCGCACGAACGUGGCGACGUCGACUGAUGUUGUGUUGGAGAAAGUGCCUGUCAAGAAAACCACAAAGACAGCCAUGGUGAAUCCUACUCCGGAACCUAUUCAAAUCUUUGCGACGAAAACGUAUCUAACCACGUUUACCUACUUUACGACGUUACUUCAGGCGGGACCAGAUGGAGAGACUUCCACAACAGUCUCUUCGAGAUCACACAUUGUAGAAAACGUGGUAACAGAAUCGAUAGCACCCAGUUUACUAGAUGCUGGUUACAUGAACGCUUUACUAACAACUGCACAUCAUUCUGAUCCUGUGAAAAACGUGGUCACUGGUUCGACGAUCAUUUUCUUCGAUGAGGAGGACCAGAUUGAUCCUACUACUAGCACCAACUUCCCAGAAGCCACCUCUUCAGUGGAAGUGCAGAAAGAUGAAACGAUUUCGUCUAGCUUCGUAUCUACUGAACCAUCUCCGGUUAACGAACCAAAUCUGAAACCUACUGAACAAAUUAAUCAGGAGAGCAAUGUAACAGUUUCCGCAGAAUCUGGGCAGAACAAAAAGCCUGUCAAUCAAAACACGAGUGAUCUUCAAGUGAGCAAUCUUCUGAGCUUAGGCUCGUUGGGAAUCAAUAGUUUGUCGGCUUUGGGACCAGUGAUUACUGCAAUGGCUGGCCUACUUCAGGGUAAAACCACAGCAACACGAAGGAAUGAUUCGAUACCACAGGCGGAAACGCAGGAAAUCACUACGCAAAGAUCACCUAUUUACAUACCUGUCGCUGAGUUCGCUGAUGGAGACAUUGAAGCUGCUGAAAGUCAAAAUAUAGGUACACAUCUGGCAAAUCUCAACCACAAUUACAUCGCAGAGACACGUCAUAAAGUUGCAUCUAGCCUGGCAGAUGGAAUUCCAAUUUCUCCAGGCGAAGUAAUCACCGCGAAUAGCGACGUAAUCAUCGGUAAACCAGGAAAAAUGGCACCAAGACCGCCUCAAACAUUCUUGGAGGACGAAGAGAACAUAGGAAUGAAACCACCACCAUUACCAGUUCCCAACAUUCCAGUCCAUCCUGUUCUCGAAGUCCUGGAGAACAAUCGGGAUGAUCAGCCUCAACAAACCCUUCAGAAUCACAAAGGUUCACAGAUAAAGAUUUAUCCUGCGCAUCAGAUUUACGAGGAACACUUGAAGAUACCUAUCUCUAUGCCUAUCGAUACGAAUCCUACAUUGAAACAACCUCAAAAGUUGCUCCCAGUUCAACCGACUCCCCCAAAGAGAAUUGGUUCGAAGCAAGAUAUGUUAGAGAACGAUCCUUUGUUGAAGCCACCCGAUAGACCUAACGUGGAACAAUAUGCGAAUCCGAAUACGAAUCUAAAGGAACCGGAAUGGAGUCCUGAUAAGACAAGGAGACCUUGGAGUGCUAAGGAUCCCCUGAAGCUUCCUCCAUCCCAUCCUCAGUUUGAUCAGAAAAUCGAUUUGAGAAAGCCAUCGAUAGAUAAACUUUGGCCAACCGUUCCAUCCGAAGAACAAAAGCGACCACCAUGGGCCCAGAAAGACCCUUUGCUUCCUGAAACUUCAAUUGUCAUUCAAACUUCGGAAUCCAAACCAACACCAGCAGAGCCCAUAGUUCAUCAAGUACCACACGUCAUUGACAGAUCAACGGGGCAACCUUUGUUGGUUAAUAUCCAACCCAGUCAGGUGGCUAAUGUGGUAAUUCCUCAAGGUGGCACUCAAGCAUUGAUAUUCGGUGACACGAGCGAACCUCACAUCAGUGGACAAUAUUUCGACGAUCCAUCACCCUAUCCUGAAUCAGAAGUUGGUUUGGGUUUCCUUGGAAUUCAAAGGGUAGAAGAUAUACCCCAAUAUAUCAAUGGAAAAGAUCCAGCAGAUUAUAUGGUACCACCAUCGCCACCACUCAACUUCAAGACGUUAUCCGAGAAACAUCCUUCCAAUCGUCCAGCAACCAUUCCUUUAUCAUCAACUCAUUUCGAUUAUGAAAGACCGCAAGAUAAAUUAGAAGUAUCCUUGAUCAGGCCAGAAAAAAAGCCAUCCGACGUGCAUUUGAUCAAACAUCCCGACAAUUCGGGUAUCCUUGGUGGCCAAAGUCACGUGCACACAGAAAUCCUGGUUCAUCACAGACCGGAAACCGUAAACGUUCGACCUCAAAACAUUCCUCAUCCUGCUAUCCAUCCUCACGUACAUUCAAACAAUCAUUUACCGCCACGAGGACAAUAUUCAAAAAUUCCAAAACCUGUAGAGCUCGGAACGCCGCCUCGAAGAACGGAAAUGUCAAAUCCAUCAGACAAUUCGCAUCGAUACAUUUUGUUGGCUAAGCCAGACUCAGGAAACGAAAUCAUCUUGAAUUCCAAUUGGAAAUCGGACAAGAAACCACCAAGAAUUCUGAUGAAUAACAGGUUGAGACCACGUCUACCAUUGAGAUCGACAACCAGUUAUCCUCCUCUGGAUAGGCCGAUUUACCCGGAAAGGCCUGGCAUCAGGAAACCAGUUUAUAGCGGAUCUCAGAGGCUUCCGACGAAGGCGCAGAACGCGAACACAUUUGUGCUUCCUCAUCGUCCUAUCACCAAUUCUCAAAUUCAUCACGAACCACCUAGAAUGACAACUUCCAUGUCUGGAGAAUUGAUAAGGGAUGUAGUGACUGAGAGGCAGCCUUCGUUUGAGGCUCGUCCUCAGCAGACAGAUCUUCAAAAUAGGCCAUCCCACUUUUACCCUGAAAAGAGACCAACGAGCAUAGAGCAGAUGAAGCCACAAACCGAAAGAACAGAGGAAUAUGUGCCCACUGGAGCGGUUGAGUAUCACAAUCCUUUGAAUCUCAAGAUAAAGCAAAAUGACAAACCAGUUAUAUCAAGCAUUCAAACGCAGAAUUUCAAUCAGGCUUCAUCUAAUCAGGACGUCAAGUCUGAGAGCCAAGAAACCUGGUACAGUGGUACGGAGAAGACAUUGGAUUCAGAAAGUGGUGCUUCUGAACCGGUCAAAUAUCAUAAUCAGGUGAAAAAAGUUGAAAAAUAUGAUAAAACGAAAGAUGAUACGUCUUUGAUUAACGAUCACAGUAACGAUACAUCAUCAAACAAGAAUUCUUAUGUAGCCUCUGAUAAUAUGAUGAUAGGAAAAGUUGGUGAAAUCGAUUCUCAGCAAAAUCAAAAGGAAAAACCUAUUUGGAUUAAUUCAGGAGUUCCAUUUGCGCAUAAAAACGAAGGCGUAUCGAUUCAAACACAGUAUGGACCUAAUUACUAUAAUGCCAAACCUCAUGAAACGCCAAUAGUUCAAGGAAAACCAUUUGGUGUGUAUACUGGACACGAAGAGUCAAAUUAUGAUUACAAAUGGAAAGAAACAUCUGAAUACGACAUAGUUCAGGGUGUACCAUCGACAUACUAUGGAAAUAAAAUGCUGCAAAUCAAUUACAAGAAUGAACAAACGUCUACUCCAUUUAAUCGUGAACAAGAGGAUACUAUAGAUCUAAAGCCACCAGCAAUCAUUCCGCAAUUCGUUCCCGAAUUGGACAAACCUAACAGACCAUAUUCACGACCAACUAUUAUAAAUAAAGUGGAAAUCAGACCUGUGUUAUAUUCCAAGCCAGAGAUCAUCGGUCAAACCUCAGAAGUUAGACCAGAUUAUGUGAACCGGCCUAAUGAAAGUAAACUAGAUACCUCAGAACAACAACUUGGGAACAACAGUUUGAGCUAUUCAGGAAAAUUAAAUCAGAGCCACUUUCAAUUAGGUGGUUUUAUGGAUCUUAAUUGGGAGAAUGAAAUGAAAACAGGCGAUAAAAGACAAGAGAUUCUGGUCAACAGAAGCGAAAUUAUGAAGAAUCAUUAUAGAAACAACUCCAUUUCUUAUCAAAUAGAAAGUCAGUAUUCUCAGACGAACAUUAACCCUGUCAAAUUAGAAAAGAAUCAUGCUGUGAUAAUUAAACAGGAUUAUAGUUCAGCAACUAAGAUUCAUCCAGAGUAUCCUCAUAUAGUUACCAAACCUAAACCUCAAGUACCUAACCCAAUCACUAUUUCAACAGCUAAUAACAAACCUGACACUCGACCAAACAUUAGAUUUUCCCUACCUGUGGAGGCAAUUGGCGAAGAAGUGGAUAGUAAAACACAAACUGAACGACCGCCAAGCAUGCUGAUCACAACGAAUAAUUCCGGUGACAAGAAAAAGAACAUAGAGAAGAUAGAUACUUCCUAUCAGACGAAUUUUGCGACCCAAGAUGCAAACGAAGAUGAUUCCAUGAAUCAUGAGAAUAAGAUUCGAAUAAAGUCUAUUGAAACGUCCACUGGAGACAUAUUGACUAAUAUGGAAGGAAUGAACGUACCUUCUAGAGAUAUGAUGCCCCCACCAUUAAGACCUGUGAUUGACCUCAAUCAAUUAAAUAAAAACGAAGAGGAAGAUUUGAAACCACCACCCAUACCUUCGAGAGAUGUUGUCGGUUUGUCACCUCCACCGGUUGAUAUUACUACAACAAAUAACCCUACGGAAGAUAGAUUCUCAUUCGUUACUGCUAAUGAAUCUGGGUUGAAGCCUCCUCCUAAGUAUAUUCCUCUGAAGGAAUCUUCUGUUGCACCUUUGCCCAGUAUUAGCAUGGUUCCUCCUAGCCCAAGACCAUCUCUUACUAGGCCUUUCAUCGUGGAAUUGUUGUCUCAGGACAUGGUACCUCCACCACCAGUAACUCAGACAACGAGACCACUCGAAAUAGCCACCGUGAGACCAGCGGUAGCGGUAUCUGGAUCGAUUCAAAUCGCGACAGCUGUCGCAACAUCUCACAUACCAGUGGUCCAAGAUAUCGAAUCGAAGAUACCUAUCAUACACGGCACUGUUGAUCUUCCAGUAGUCAUAGACGUGCCUGAAAUACUUAGACCAAUUGAAACUAGGAAGACGGAGCAUGUUAGCGUAUACACAGUGCGACCAUUCGACACCAGACCUGUAUCUAGAAUAUCAGUGCAACCAACAGCGAUGUUAACCACGAACUUAGUAAUCCCAACGAAGUUAAGACCAGUCCAAGUAGAUCACAUACAACCAAGUAAAUUGUCUUCUACUAGGGAGUUGGAACCAACUCGAUCUCACAAUAUCGAUAUUCCACGAAAUCCAGUGAAACGACCAGAGCAUCCAGUAUUUUUGGAGUCUAGUUACGAUAUCGUUUUACCAUCAUCGAAGGUGGAAGCUACGGAGAGUUUGAUUCAUAUGAUAAGCACGAGUCAGAAGAAAGAGUCGCGAUCCACUCUGACGAAGAACGAAGUUUCCAAGGUAAUCGUUUCACCGAUGACGGAAAUUAAACGAAAGAACGAGACAGUUUUGAAGAAAUUGCCAAGUGUGGUCACCAGAAUCGAUAGCUCGAUAACAAAAGUGACGAACACAUUGUUGGAAAACAUCGACAGAAGAAACGAAUCGGUGAUCAAGAUGACGAAGAGUGUCAGCAAUACACGAAAAGUUGCUAAUGAGACAACGACGACUAUGCGUAUAAAGCCUAAAGAGGUGACACGAUUCCAGACAUCAACGGUAACGAGAACGGAAACAUCUGUAUUGGGUUCACCACCUACAACUCGAACAUUACUACUUACCCACACGUUGACAUCAACCACAGUGGAAACGGUGACGGAAACGUUAUUACGUCCAACUAGCGUGGUUUCUACAGUUACAUCAACGAUUUUGCAAUCGGUGGUGACUAGAAUACCAUCAUCCUACGAAAACGUUGUCGACAAUGAUUCCAUCUUUGUAGUGAUGAGCGACCAGAAACCACCGGCACCUGGUGCUGAAGAGGUAAAUGUGGAAGCUGAAUAUGGUGAUAUUUCAAGAGAUGAACAAGAUCCAGCUGGAAACGAAGUUCAUAGAGUUCUAGCUGGUGGAAUUCUUGGAGCACCAGUAGUAUCUCUUCAACCUAUCGUCAAUCAAUGUACUCCUGAAUGUAGAGCCUCUAGGGCUGAAAUAUGUGCGGAAGUUGGAACUGAAAUGAGAUGCAUUUGUCGACCAGGUUUUGCGAGAAUGUUCCCUGAUCGACCUUGUAAACCCACUUAUACCUACACAUUACGAGUUGGAUUGGAUCGAAUCGGACACGAGCCAGUGAUUUACGAAGUCAGCAUGAACGAUUCGACGUCAACAGCUUUCAGAAAAUUACUAGGCCCUACUAAAGACGCCUUAGACAGGACUUUAAUGCAGAGUGAUCUUAGAGACAUCUAUAGGGGACUAAAGAUAGCUGGUUUCACACCUGAUCCAACGAAAGUAGAAUUCCACGUUCAACUCAGUGAUAAUGCUAAUGAAACGAGGUUGAAGGAAGUACUUCGAAAAUAUCUGAUUGGAAGUAACUAUAGUUUAGGAGGCACUGAAGUCUUUGCUUCGAAAAAUCUUGACAUAAUUGAAGCAAUCGAUUUUAAUGAAUGCAUAGCGGAAGAUGGAGGACCUCAUCAUGAUUGUUCGCCAAAUGCAGCCUGUUUCAAUCUACGAGGUUCUUAUCAAUGUUCUUGCAAAGAAGGUUGGGCAGAUUUGUCUGAGAAUCCUGCAUAUCCUGGAAGAUUUUGCUCUCAGGCGCCAUUAGGUUGUCCUAGUUGUAACAACAAAGGGCAUUGCGUGACGAAUACUAAUGGUCAAGAAGUCUGCGAGUGCUUCCCUUGGCACAGUGGUCAGCGAUGUCAAGUUAAUCUCAAAGUGUUACUGAUAGCUCUGGUUACGACCGGUGCAAUAUUACUAGGCCUUUUGGCGGUAUGCGUCGGCAUGGCGUGUUUCCGUCAACCAAGUCGAAAACGAAGAACUGGCGACAGAAGGGCCAUGAUUCCUGGAACAGGCGGAGAUACCAGUAGCGAGGGUAGCGUGACGGAUUUAGCAAUUCCACAUCACGUGCCGCACGUUCUGCCACCACCUCCACAGAUGAUUGCACCCUUGCCACCGACCAAAAGACCUGCUCGAAAGAUCAGCACGAAACCUAGACAUCUGCCGAGAAAGGCUACCAUGGUACCUGCAUCAGUGCCAGUGAACGACGAACAAAGAGAUCGUUCGUUGACAGUGAUGAUCCCACGUGCCAAAUAUCGAUCGGCGCCUCAAUCUCCGCAGAAUUACAAGUCCGGGUUAAGUACGUUCUCGACAGAAGAGCACAAGCUGCUCAACUAUCUCGAGAACGGCACGCAUAACACCGGAAACAGGAAGCAAAGUGUAUCCAGCGCGAAGGAUUGCAAGGAGGCUGAUGUACAAAUCGUCAGAGCGCCAGCUGCACCAACUGGAGCUCUUGUUAGCGCUGGUUUCCAGGUGUCUGCAACGGUAACUCGUCAAAUGGACACCGAUUCAACAUUAGCUCGUUCCUGCGGCGAAACUACAAUAGAAACAGCGACGAAAGUGUUGCGAACCGGGGAUCUCCAAGGUGAUUUGUGCUCUACGUUGGCUCGCUCCUGCGGCGAGACAACCAUCCAAGCACCGACGAAGCUGCUGAGGCUCGAUUUAGGCGAGGCUGGUUCGACUCUGGCCAGAUCCUGCGGUGAAACAACGAUUCAACCGCCGACGAAAGUCGCAGAUACUAGAAGGAAUAGCGUUAAGGACGCCAGAGAUAACAGAGACACAAGAGACAGUGCCAGCGAAGGGCACACAAUGGCGGAGAGGGAUUUAGGAAGCACGCUGAGACUUCCGGCGCAGCAUCCGCCUCUUUAUAGCCCGGACAGAACCAGCGAUCGAGAAUCAAACUUUGACUCUCUCUAGACACCUUAUGCAAUUAAUAAAGGAAAUCCGACGGAGGAUUGUGGAUGUAACCGCUGGCCGGUGGCUUCCACAAGUUCGCUAAUCGAGCAAGUAAAAUAAAAAGAAAAAUCUUCUUCAUCGACGCAACUGAAUCGAAGAAUCUUACAACUUUUAAACUAUCCUGACAAAUAAUCCAAACAAAUGAAUCAGGAACUUUAUAUCUUUAAUCCUCUCAUUGGGAAGCUUUAA